AUGCUGGGGAGCCGGGAAGCAGGACCUGCUGGCGGCGGGGAGGCGGCUGCGGGGCCGCAGGGGCCGCAGAGCCGGACACAAUGCGGGGAGGAGACGCCUCCCGGCCGCGCUGGGUGUCGCCUGACCGGCCUGGUGAGCUGGAAGCAGAGACCGUGCAGGACCUCAGCCCUGUUUGCUGCAGCCAACGCCGUGUUGUGGUUUGUGGCCUUCGGUUCUUUUCGAGCCUACAGCCUCCUGGCCGUCCUGCUGGCUCUGCUGGUCGUCACGGUGACUGCCAGAGAUGUCAUUAGGUCCAGAUCCACAGGAGCUCACUUGUGGCGCAGCAUGACAACCAGUUGGGAGAUCAUUGAUUCAGGAGCAGAUGGCCGCUCUGGGGCUGGACUUCAGCUCAGCGACUCCCUCAAACUCUUCCUUCAGGAGACGUCGGCUUUCAAACAGCAAAAUCCCGGCAAGUUCUGCCUGCUGGUUUGCAGUUUGUGCACUUUCUUUGCCGUCAUAGGACGCUACAUUCCAGGGAUUGUUAUCUCAUAUGUCCUCGUGCUGGGCGUCUUCCUGUGGCCUCUGAUUUCAUCUCAUGAGGUCAGUUUGUGGCUGGAGCCAGUUCUGCAGAAGCUGGACUUUGGCAUUGGCGAGUUUUUCCAGAAAAUCAAAGACAACCACAAGAAGAGACUCCUGCAGGCUCAGACUGAGAAAGAAGGCAUCGAGUCGGACCUUUCAUCCAUGUUUCCCAAGCUCGACUCUGCAGUGUGUAAAGAAAUGUCAGUAUCGGACACAGAGGUGUCGGACAUGACGUGGACAGACAAUGGCACUUUCAACCUGUCAGAAGGAAACACACCACAGACGGAGAACUCAGAGG